AUGGUCACUCCGGUGCCACUCACAGGUGGUCUCGGACAUGGCACCACCGGCAGCGGACUCACAGGACACGGCACUGCCAACCCCAUCGACCGCAACAACGACGGUAGAGUCAACGCUCGUGACCUGACAGGAGGUGGUGCCACCGGCCAUUCAUCAGCAGGAGGAAUUGGUCACUCAACAGCUGGAGGCCUAGGCUCUUCAACGACUGGAGGAGUCGGCCACACUGCCAACCCUGUUGACCGCAACAACGACGGCCGCGUCGAUGCCCAUGACCUCACCGGCCGUGGCAACACCGGUCACUCAACCACUGGCGGACUCGCUGGUCACUCAACCACUGGCGGACUCGCUGGUCACUCAGCCGCUGGUGGACUUGGUGGUCACUCAGCUGCCGGUGGACUUGGUCACACCGCCAACCCGGCCGACCGUAACAACGAUGGCCGUGUCGAUGCUCGCGACCUCACAGGCCAGGGUCACUCAACAACCGGAGGUCUAGGUCACUCCACCGGUGGAGCUGGCGGACUUGGUCACACAUCAACCGGAGCUGGCCUUGGACACUCAUCAACUGGUGCUGGCGGCCUUGGUCACUCUUCAACUGGAGCUGGCCUCGGCCACACUGCCAACCCCAUCGACCGCAACAACGACGGCCGUGUCAACGCCCACGACCUCACCGGCUCAUCCAACACCGGCCACCACGGCCCUCCCGUCACCGGUGGCUUGGACCACCGCGCUGGCGAAUCCGGCGACCUACCCCGCGCCCUCACCGAAGAUGUCUCCAGGGCUCAGCCUGCUGGCUUCACCGAGGGCCACACAGGCUUCUCGGACAGCAGGCACACCAGCCACGGCGUCCCUACCCACGGCUCUUCCACCGCCAACACCUCCACAUACGGCUCGUCGACCACAGGUACCACAGGGACCACAGGUACCUCAGGUACCACCGCCGGCAAGCCCUCAUUGAAGGACAAGCUCAACCCCAAGAUCGACGCGGACCGCGACGGCAAGGCGGGCAUCAUGGACUAA